UCAUGCGGGCUAGUCCCUCCCAUGACACAAAACCCCAUUCAGCAGCAUGUCAACACACUCAUGUUGAGAAGAAGAAGAAACAGUUAUUAAAGGAAUCGGACAAUCUAUUUUCUGGACUUAAAGAUUCUGGGCUUCAGCUAGACCAACUCUGAAGUGAACUGCUUAUCCAAACUGUUGUUUUUAUUAUAACCAAAUAUAGAAAUGGGAAGAAUUAAUAUCUGCGUAAAACGGGCGUUCAUUUUCGUCUGUGUCUUGAUCGGUAUCAUCAGCACCCUCUUGCUGGCCAUCACAUUAUUUGGACAUGGGUACUUCCACCAAUCAGAAGAAAUAGAGAUUCUGCCAGGGAUAGCAAUUCUUUAUGUCCUAGAAGCAGCAACCCUGGUCCUGUCAAUCUUUGGGGUUUAUGGCGCUCGCAAGGAGAAGAAAUGGGCUGUGGUUCUGUUUUCAGUAGGUAUGUCACUGGCCAGCCUAUACCUGUUUGUGGAGUCCGUGAAAACAUAUCAAGCCAAACCCGAGAUGGAGGAGUUAAUCAGAGAGGAACAUCUAGCUAUGAUGCCUCUAAGUGGAGCGAAUCAAACAGAUUUAGAAGAGCUAUACAACAUACAGACUAAGUUCAAAUGCUGUGGGCUCGUACAAGGCUACCAAGACUGGGGCACAGACAUCCCCCUCUCCUGUCUCUGUUCUGAUGAGGACUCAACAAACUUUAAAUGUGUUGCUCCUGGUAACAAUACAAGAUUUGUUAUUCACUAUCCCAACAGUGAUAUGUCUGAGGAUGAUGACCACAAGGGACUAAUGGAUGAACACAUGCUGGUAUAUAAAGAGCCAUGUCUUCCCAUCUUAUUCUCUUUGGUGGGCUAUGGAAUCAGCCUGAUGAUAGGAACAUUAGUAGCACUUCAAGCAUUAUGGGAUAUUGGAGUUGCCCUGGCCAUCACAAUACUCUGCCAGAUGAGAAGAAAAGUUGAUGUGCCACCUGUGAUCUUCACCUCUCAACCACCUCAGUACAGAGAGCUGUGUGACACAGCAGAGAGUGUCUGAAAUGAAAUGGUCCUCUUAUGAAGGAUACUCAAUGCACUAGUCUGAGUGCCAGUCUGUUUGUGCCAUCAUGACAACUCCUGUCACUCAUUUGUGUCAAGCCAAACAUGACAAUGGGUGACAAAGAGUUGGCUUGGCAAUGACAGCAAUGGAGUUGUCAUUGUCCAGACCACAAACAGAUCUGGAAUCAGGCUAGCAAUGCAUCCAUAUUAUCUACAUACUCAUAACACACUUGAAAUGACAACAAGGGACAUUAUUAGACAUUAGACAUCUUUGCUGUGUUGUCAAAAGUAUUACUGUUCAACUGAUUAUCCAUCUGACUGCCAUCAAGAGUCUUCUUAUUGGCUGUCAAGGGUUCUAUAAAACCUGUGGUUUGUUUUUCUGUUGUAAAUAAUUGGUAACCAUUUAACCAUUGAAGUGCCUCAGUGUUAGUGACAGUGUCUUGAAUAAAGGGAGAAGCGUCUUUUAAGAUUAUGUUCCUUUAUUCGACAACCAACAUCUUUAAAAAAAAUUAUAUCUUUUGUUUACUAAACCCAACUGUAUAAUCAAAAUGACUUUGCCAUUAUCACAGGAAGUCACAAUCAGACUCGGACAAAAAUGGAAUUUCCUCCAAUGACCUUUGUCCUCUCCCCAUCCUCAUUUCAUUUUCUGCCUUUGUCUUUUCCUCCUGCUCUCUCCUCUCAUCCUCCUCUCUAACUCUUUUCCUCCUGCUCUCUCCUCUCAUCCUCUUCUCUUUAACUCUUUUCCUCCUGCUCUCUCCUCUCAUCCUCCUCUCUCUUCCUAUCAUCUUCUUUUCCUGUUUCACCCUCUUCUCCUCCUGUCUUUCACACUCCCUCAGCUCUUUCUCUCUCCUCUUCUGUUCUACCUUCUCUGUCUUUGUCUCUGCUUCUUUUCUCUUCCUCUCCUCCUUCUCUUGUUUCUUCAACUUGUCUUUCUCUUUCUUCCAACUGAAUACAGUCUGACUCAGGGGGAAAAGUUGAUUAAAACAAUGAAGAAGUAAUGAAGGACUGUAAACUGUAUGAUAUUAGACCAGUGGCUGUAGCCCGGGUACCAGUCGGUUUAGCUAUCAUUCCACUCCUUGCCACUCCUUGUCAUGCUAAACAUUUGGCAGUACAAGGGGUGGAAUGUUAACUCAACAGACUGGUACCCAGGCUACUGUGGUACCUACUCAUAAUAUAAUUUUACGUUAAUUCAAUAAACUACUUUGUUCUAUU